UCAGUCCCUGUUGUCUACAACAAUGGCUAUAUAUUUUGUAAAAAUUAUAUUUUUUACAACAAUCACUCAGAUCAUUUCAUUUAAUCUGUCGCCAAAUUUGAGUAUAAUAUUUAAUGAACCAAUUAAAUCAUCAUCUAAUUCAUAUUUUGGAUAUUCGGUUCAUUUAAGAAGCGGUGUCGAUAGUUUACCUUCGAGUGUUGUGAUUGGCGCGCCAAAAGCGAAUUCUACAUUUCUUCAUCUCAAAUAUAUUAAUGAGCCCGGUGCUGUUUAUCAAUGCGAUAUCGAAAAUGAUCCUGUUUGUAAACCUUUGUUACUUGAUCCUGAAGGUGAUACCAAAGGUAUAUACAAUGGAAUAAGUUAUACACAUGGUAAGACAAAUUCUUGGCUAGGAGCAACUUUAGAUGGCGAAACUACCCGUGAUGGAAAAUUAGCUGCAUGUGCACCGCGAUGGAUUAAUCGCCAUCAUAUUCAACAAACCGACAAACAUCCAUUGGCAGUUGGUAUGUGUUAUUACGAACCAAAUACACGCAACAUAAAUAGCCCUGCCAAUAAGAUAAUACCAUUCUUAAGUCGUAAAGAUGAAGACAGGAAUUUUGUCGCGGAACUUGGAAUGUCAUUACAUAUGCCAAAAGCAGAUGGUCAAAUUUUUAUGGGUGCUCCUGGUUUAAAUUAUUGGACUGGCGGUGUUGUUUUAUAUAAAACUCGUUACGCAGGAAAUCAAGUUAUAACAUAUUAUGGAAAUCCUCCAUAUUAUUCUUAUUUAGGAUAUGCGGUGAGUUCUGGUAAAAUUACAAAAAAUGGCGGAUUGUUUUAUUUUGCUAGCGCCCCAAGAGCUCAUGAAUAUAAAGGCCUGGUCAAGGUACUAGUUUUAAUAGGAUCAGAACUUAUUGAAGUGGAAAGCAUGAAACAUUUUUUUAUGGGUGAACAUUUGGGAGAAUAUUUUGGAGCUAGUAUUUGUCUUGUCGAUGUGAAUAAUGAUGGACUGGAUGAUGUGUUAAUUGGCGCACCUAGAUAUUCUAUAAGCUCAGCUAAUAUUGAGUCAGGCGACGAAGGUGCCGUUUACGUGUAUAUCAAUAAAAAUAAUCUCAAAUUCCAACGCCAGGACAAGUUAAAAUCUAAACAAGAAACUCUAUCUCAAUUUGGAACUAGUAUAACAUCUUUAGGUGAUUUAGACAAGGAUGGAUAUAAUGAUGUGGCAGUUGGAGCACCGUACGAAGAUGGGGGCCGAGGAGCUAUUUAUAUAUAUUUAGGCAGUGCUAAUGGAUUAAAUGUAAAGUACAGCCAACAUAUUCGGGCUAGAGAUAUUAAUCUUAAUUUAUUUGGAUUUGGUAUUAGCCUUUCAAAAGGUGUUGAUAUCGAUGGAAAUUUUUAUAAUGAUUUGGCUGUGGGAUCAUAUAAAUCUGGCCAUGUUGUACUAUUUCGAUCACAUCCAGUAAUCGAAUUGAAAGGAGAAAUUCGACCGAAUAAAAGAGAAAUUAGUUUAGAUACCACAAAAUUUACAACAAAAAUUUGUAUGAAAUUUUGGGGUAAAGAAGUACCUUUAAAUACAACAAUACAACUCAUAUUCAACGUAGAUUCUUUAUAUAAAAGGGCUAUCAUUGAUGAAGCUCAUAACGCCAUGAUGACUAAACCAAUUUCACUCAUCCAAGGUAUCGAAAAUUGUUUGGAGACAGCGGUUUCGAUUACUGCAACAGUACAAGAUUUUUCAAAUCCCAUUGAUUUAGAACUGACAUAUAAAGUACUCGAAAGUGAAGAUAAGUCGAAGUUUUGUCCUUUUUGUCCAGUUUUAAACCCAUCAACAAGUACUAUGGUUAAGGUUCAAGUUCCUUAUGUUACCGGUUGCAGUGAGGAUAGCAAAUGUAAACCAGAUUUAAAAAUGAAUGCAGUUAUUAGUGAUACAAUUACAGUCGGUUCUAAGAAAAGUGUAUUCCUAAACAUAACUUUGACAAACAGUGGAGACCCAGCUUUUAUAACAAGACUUUUUAUUAAUAUGCCAAAUUUAUUAGGAUUUGUUCAGUUGCCAGAAAAUUGUAUGGAGAUAGAAAAACACCAAAUUAAUUGUGAAUUUUAUACUUUUUUGUCGAAGGAUACUAAAAAAUUGGAUAUGGAAUUAAAUACAUUUAAGAUUACAAAUAAUUUAUUACCUUAUAAAAUAAAUUUAACUGUAACUAGCGCCGGAGAGGAACAAAAUUUUAUCGAUAAUAAUGUUGUAUUGCCCUUAGAAUUAGUAACAGAAUCUGAACUUCGAUUACUUGGGAAUUCUUCAACCGAGUUAUUACGAUUUGAUCAAAAUAAAAAUAAAAAUUAUACAACUAUUCAAGAGUUUAUUGUACAAAACUUAGGUCCGAGUCCAAUUGACGAAGUUCUUCUGGAAAUUUAUAUUCCAGUACUGUAUGAUAAUGUAACUAUAUUCAGAGUUUUGAAACCUAAGGACGCUGUUUGUUCUGCAAGUGGUACAGGAUUUUACACGAAUCCUAUUGAUGAUUCCCCCAAAGAAAUGAAUGUGGAAAAUCAUAGUAUUAUGACUCGAGAUACAUCUAAUUUAGAUAUGGAUGAUAUGAAUUUACGUCUGCAGAAAUAUAAUUCUAGUGAAAAUAACAGUAAUUUUCAGAAUAUCAAUCGCACAGUUUUCUUUAACUGUUCAAAUUUAUCGGAAGGUCGCAUUACGUGUCUCACUGUUACGUGUAGAUUACCGUUAUUGGAAGACAUGGAAACUAAAGGAACAGUCAAGAUAACUACUGAACCCCAGAUCGAUAAUAUAGAUAUAGUACUUGGCGACAAAGAUACACUACAAGUUGAAUUUCUUGCUUUCUCCGAGCCAAUUAUACAGCUUAACAAAUCCAGUGGGAGUAGGACGAGUUUAGGAUUAACAAUAAAUCGUACUUCCCCAGAUGAACAAUGCCCAAUACUAUUCAUUAUUUUGGCAAUAAUUUUAGGAAUAGUUAUAUUAGGAUUAAUGGUUUGGGGUUUAUGGAAGUAUGGAUUUUUUAAGCGAAAUACGAAAGAACAACUGAACUUAUUACAAAAGGGAAAAGUUUCUGAAGAAAUGUAUGAUGAAUAAUAUACCUUUGCGGUAACAAAUACCGUUGAUGGAUCUCCUAGUUGUAAAAUUCUUCGAUCUAAAUUAGCUUAAAUUUUUUGAAUAC